AUGGGCUCCAUCGUCGUCAACCACGUGCCGUCGGAUCAUAACGACAUGGUGGGAGGCGCAAUCAAUUCAGAUUCAGUUUACUCUUUCGCCCAGCCAAUGGACACUCACUCGACUUCCUCAAAUACCCCCACCUCUACUGCCCCACCGUCUGUAGGCUCUGCUCGGCUUCCUGUGCAUGCGAACGAUGUACCGGCUUACAUCAACUCAUACACACCUUCACAAGCUUCCCGCGCUUCUUCCGAUACUCCCAACUUCACCCCACGACCGCCCUCGAUGACGUCUCAUCCCAGCCAUGCCUUUCCUCAGGACUCUUACUCCUCAGCACCUACCCCACCAACCCAGAGCGGGAGCAACUCAUACUCUUCUAAUCAGUCAGCGCCGGAUUCACCACGCCUCCAACCCACAUAUCAGUCCAUGCAGUCUGUGCCUGGCUCCGAAGCCAAUUCACCGAGUCGCAUUCGCGUCCAAAGCUUGUCCCACAUCCAGAGUCUCGCCAGUGAGGACUUGAUGAGUUCCCGGAGCUCACACAACCCCGGAACCGGGUCACAACAACGACAGUAUGAGAUUAGCUCCAUGCCGGUCACGGAGAUCAUCGAGAUGGUCGCUGGGCUUUUGACGAAGAUCACGACCACGAACGAUAUGCAUCACGAACAUGUACAUCGCCACAUCCCGCCACCCGAGGGCACCUCCAACCUCAGCCCACAGGCUACCAGCGUGCUCGCAUUCCACGGAAAGAAUGUCCCGACCAUCACCAUCCUGAGUUAUCUGACUCGGAUUCACAAAUAUUGUCCCACAACCUACGAGGUCUUUUUAAGCUUGCUGGUUUACUUCGACCGUAUGACCGAGCUGGUCAACCGUGAUCAGCUCGAGCAACUGCACCAACGUUGGGACUCUGCCGAAGAAUCCGGAUCUUCGUCUGCAUCUACAGAAUCUCCAGGAUCCCCCGGGAUGCAGGAUUCUCUAAUGGCGACACCUCCCCCCUCCACAGGCUUUACUGCGCAGGACUCGCAGGGGUCAACAAUCUCGCCCGGACUCUCACCUCAGUCGGAUGCUGAGGCACUUUCACAUUUCUUCGUCGUUGAUAGUUUUAAUAUCCAUCGACUGGUCAUCGCUGCCGUGACCUGCGCGAGCAAGUUCUUCUCUGAUGUUUUCUACACCAAUUCACGUUAUGCAAAGGUUGGCGGUCUCCCACUGGUGGAGCUCAACCACUUGGAACUACAGUUCCUCCUUCUAAACGACUUCCGACUCGCCAUCACCGUCGAAGAACUAGAGUCGUAUGGGACAAUGCUCGUAGAGUUCUAUGCACGAGAGGUUGUGACCCAACAGCAACAACAACACCACAGAAGUCUUCCCCGCGCGAUUGAUCCCCCAGCGGCCGACGCGUACUCCGAUGGCAUGUACAUGCGAUCCCGCGAUAAGCCUCGCGACCACGCCGAGUUCGGACAAACUCCGACACCACCGUAG